AGCCAUUCUGGUUCAAGCCCUGGGAGCUCCAGCAUCUACAGCCUACAAGAGGUAAUCCCCAUGUCUAGACACCAGGCCGACACCACGGCAUGGCGCGCGUCUCCCUUCGUGGCCUCGCGGCUGCCAGAUCUGGGCUGCGCCUCCUUCCCCGACAAUGAUCCCUCCUUGAACGACAGGAGCAUGCUGUUACCAUGGCCUCUCUGGGAGCAUUUUUCGCGGGGAUGGGGAUCUUCCUCCUCACCCCGUUCCUCGUGCACAGAAGGCGGCUCCAGCGCUUGCUGCGAGAGGACCUGCCAGAGGUGCAGAGGACGAGCGGCCGCGUCGUGGACAGGUACUACAGGGAGUCAGAACGUAACGCACAGAAAAAUCAGACGCACUACAUCGAGGUAUUGUUUGAAGCAAACCACGAGCCCAGCAGGGUCGACUACGCUGUCAGCAGCCCCGAUUUCCACAUCGGAUCGGAGGUCACUGUGGCAUUCGAUGUUUCGAGUCCGCGGCAGAUCAGCACUGUCGUGGAAAAUGUCGAGCGAGAGCUCGGAGACUUGACUAUAAUCAUCAGGAUUGCCAUCUGCAUUGCUUCAGGCUUUUUUGCCUUUGGGAUCUUAGUGGCAGUCUCGCUUGGAGGCAGCUUGAACGGAUGCUUCGCAGGAGUCCUUCUCUUUGCAUCCUUCGUGCUUAUGGCGGGGCUGACGUUUGCUGCUCUCGGGCAGUGCGUCGUGACCUGUCUCCAACGCUUGCUGAACAUGUUGAUGAGUCUGAAUGACCUCGGGGGCUCAGGCAAGCAUCGCUACGACUCCGACCGCCGGGGCGACCAGGACUCGGAGCGCCUGGCUCUCCUCUUGAACGACCCCGCGGGGGGCGUGCCGGGCGCCCCGGUGCCCGUGCCGAGGCCGCGCGUGACCCCAGCCGGAGGGGCUGGCGGAGGCCGGCGCCCCGGGGUGGGAGACCGCGUGAAGCUCGCGCCCGGAGCCGCGGUGCCCGACGGGCCUCUGGGGCCGGGCCGCAGCGGAGUGGUCGUGGACGACAAGCCGUUCCAGGAGCAGCCGUUCCAGGUCGACUUCAACGGUCAGGUCUUCUGGUACGGGGAGGCCGAGAUCGUGCCCCAGAGCUGCGCCACCAGUGGGGUGGGGAUGUCCUGCCGAAGAGUUCUCGCAUGCUGCUGUGGCGUGUACUGUUGUUGCAUGGUCAUCCUGUUGGUGUCUUCUGCCGUGGCUAUGGUGGGUCAACAGGCCGAGUAUGUGCCAACCCUGGCAGCCCUCGGCGCUUGCUCCGCUGGCAGCCAUCUGGAGUAUGACCACGUGAGCGGCGUCUCAUCUUGUAUCCCUUGUCCUUCAGGGACCCAAUCGGAGGAAGCAGCGACCUCUCUAGGUGACCGCGGUUGCUGGAUGUGCCCCGCCGGCACCGCCGCCCCCAACGAGAGCACGGUUCUCUGCGAGGACUGCUCGCCCGGCAGGUUCGCGCGUGCGCUCGGGCAGACGAGCUGCGAGGAGUGCCCUGCGGGGUCUCCGGCCUCGGAUCCGGGCCAGAGCUCCUGUGGCGAGGUUGGCGCGGGCUCGACUUCUGUGUCGCCGGAGUGAGGCCUGCGUCCCGUCAGCAGCCAGGCGGAGCGAGCCUCGGCGGCUGAUUGUGAUCCUGUGGCAGCGUGUUCGCAGUCCUGCGGCAUGCACGGCGUGGCAGCGACAUGCUCGGGGGGCGCCGCGCGGGCGGCCGAGCGCACGGGGGGUGGUGGC